ACAGAAUAUUUCAAUAUUUAUAGGUUUUAAUUUUUACUAGGUAUUUAAUAUGUAAUAUAUUUUUGAACGAAUGGUUGCGUUUUAUUUAUUCCAUGAACUCUUUUAUUUUAUGAAAAUGUUACCUCGUAAAGAUUAUGUUAAAAUCUCAAAUGAGUACCUAAUUCUUUAAAUAAUGUGAUACUCAUAAUUCAUAAUGAGACCUUUUUUGUUUCCUAUUGUGCAAUCACUUGUGUAAAUAAAUAAGGGGAGGUACUACGUUGAAUUGAUAUCAAUAACAAUAGAAGAUGAAAAAUAACCUACAAACGAAACAAGAACAAACCAAACAUACGAGUCAAAGAGAAUAUAACCAUUACGUUACUAAUACGAGUAAAAUAAACAAACAAUCAUGAAGUUUGACCUUAAUUUAGCAAUUUAUUGGUUUUGUUAAUAAUUUAAGCUUUAUUCAACGAUCAAUAUCAUGGGCGUAAGAGGCUUGACUACAUAUGUAAAUAGAAAUCAAGAUGCUUUUCUGCAACAGUUUUUUCUUCAUGAUUCAAACCUUGUUAUUGAUGGAAACGGUUUGUGUGCCCAGCUUUAUCGCUCCCUUAAUUUCUUUUCGGCAUUUGGUGGUGAUUAUGACAAAUUUGCUUCGUAUGUAAGGAAGUUUUUCAAAAGCAUUCGGAAAUGCAAAAUAAAUCCAUACGUUAUAUUCGAUGGUAGCUAUGAAGCCCGCAAAUUAAAAACUGCAUUCAGCCGUUUGAGAUCUAAGAUUUAUGGUGCAUCCAAACUAGAUCCGGUUACUCAAGGCAGUUUACAAAUCUUUCCGCUGCUGUUGAGGUAUGUAUUUAAAGAAAUUUUGACUGAAAUGAAGGUACCAUACACUAUAUGUGAAUUUGAGGCUGAUGCUGAAAUAGCUGCGAUGGCUAGGCACCUUGAUUGUCCAGUAUUGAGCUAUGAUUCAGAUUUCUUCAUAUACAAUGUCAUCUACAUACCAUUCAAUACUUUAGGACUAAAACCUGUUAUGAUUGAAGAAGACGGUAUUACUUCUUUUGCAUUUGAAUGCAAGAUUUAUAAAGUUGAAUUUCUGACAGACAAUUUUGGCGGACUCAAUGAUGAAAUGUUGCCAUUAAUGGCGACUCUUCUUGGAAAUGAUUAUGUAGAAAAGAGGGUCUUUAAAAAGUUUUUUUCCCAAUUAAAGUUACCUAAAAGUCGCACAUGCAAGAAUGAACAACAGAGAACUAUUUGUGGUGUAAUAAAAUGGCUGCAGAAUGAAACAUUAGACUCGGCUAUAGCAAAACUUUUGGGGCGGCUGAAAAAGAAUGAAAAGAAUAAAGUUUUUAAUAUAAUAAAACAGAGUAUUGCUAGUUAUAAGAGCACAAGUUGCAGGUCCAUGCAAUAUUUUAGUCUUCACAAUGAAAAUACACAAUUGGAGUCAACACCACAAAUCCCAGACAGUGUCAAUAUUUCUGAUGAAGACAGUUCAGUUACUUCUUCAGAUAUAAGUGAUGAUGAAAUUGACAAAAAUGAAAGCGAAGAUUUAAUGGAAAAUCCUGAUGUUAUAAUAGGGAUUUCUGAUUGGUUUGCAGAUGGAAUAAGGAACCAUACUAUUCCUCCAGCUUAUUUUAACCUUGUUCCACAUCAUAUGCACUUUUGCUGUCCUCAAGCUGAAGACUAUCGAGAUGAAGACUCAUUCCUUUGUACGUUACCAAUCUUACGGUUUGCUUUUGAUAUUCUAACUGACUUCUCGGAAGAACAUUUUGUGUAUAUCUGCAGGGAACAUACCAAUUCGUACAAGCGAAUGUUUAUAGGGAAAGAAUAUUCUAUUCCUAGACCUCUUGAAAAGACAUUUCCAGAUUUAUCUGCUGAGCAAUUAAACACAUACUUUUAUAAUUUUUUUAAUGUUAAAUUACCAAAAUUAAACUUUGACGAUAUAAGGUUGUUGCCUGCAGAUUUACAACUGUUCAUGUUAGCUAUAUUAUGGUGGGUAGCUCAUUGUAAUGUCCCAGUGGCAAAUAUUCACAGUUUAUUUAUUUGUUACAUCAUGUUAAGUAUCAUUGAUGAGAAAACUGGUUCUUUCAGGGGUCUUAAAUAUUUUAAUGAUAAGUAUGCAAAGAAAGUUGAAGAAAUUAAGAAGAAAAAUGUUAAUUUAAAUUCCAAUGAUGAUUUGUUUUUAAAUAAAAAUAAGAUAUCAUAUGAAGAUAGUUUAGUAGCAGCCAGUGUGUUAUUGAAACACUUUGAAAUUGACGAUUCGGUUCGAAAGAAGCCGAAAAGUUAUGACUCUAGAAGAAUACAUUCUUUUGCUCAAUUUCAAUGUUGUCUAUUACAAAUGAACUCCUUGAAUAUUCUUUGUGGAAGUCAUUUUGAAACUACAAAGUAUCAUAAAUGUUUUAAUGGCACUUUUGUGUAUAAUAUUGCAUUGAAAUUGGAGAAACAAAUAGAUCCUGUGCAUUUUCUUCAUCAGUAUAUAAAUGGUGCUCAUUCUGUGUUGAAAUUUUAUAAUAGUUUACAUGUUGUUUAUCAAAGUAUAUCAGAUAAAAUGUGUUUAUGUACAAGUAAAUUGCAAGGAAAGAAAAAAAGACGAAGAAAAAGAAUCAAGCAGGAAGAUGGUGAUCCAAAUUCAUUUCUUGUGGAAGGUUUCGAGAUGAAUGUGACAAUAUAAAUUUUGUGUUGUUUAAAAUUUUAAAUAUUCGUUUUCUUUCACAUUUUUCAUUAUUUCUUCACUCCUAAUAGUUGCAGCGUGAUGUUAUAUAAAAAAGAUUUUUCAAUUUGAACCAGUAGUUCCUGAGAUUAACGCGUUCAAACAAACAAAACUCUUCAGCUUUAUAAUAUUAGUAUAGAUGGGCUAUCACCUGUCAUUGUCUGAAUCUUAAUUUAAUCAUAACCCGCUGAACGUUGCUUUUCAGUCUAUGUCUAUGUCAAUGUCGGCUCUGUGUGCCCCGCAAGGGAUAUAGACUAUACUUUCUAUUUAUUACAUAUUAUAUGUAUUAAAUAGAUAAUAUUUAAUAUUAUAUGUAUUAAUAGGUACAUAUAAUAUUAAAUAUUAUCUAUUAUAUGAUAAUUUAUUAUACGAGGGUGGUUUGAAAAGUUCUCGGCCUAACCUAGAUUUGAGGGUAGAAAAAAAAUAAGAAUAUACUCAUUCGAUAGAUUGAUUCUUUAUAUACACUUGUGUUAAAUUUCAUUGUGAUAGGUUGUGUGAUUAUUUUUUUACGAUUUUUUGUUUGAGCUAAUCUGAC